AUGACCGCGCCAAACGCUUACGAGCCUCAGGACAAGCGCAAAGGCCAGAAGGUCAUUGACCUCGACUGCCGUGGCCUGGAAUUCACCGAAUUCAAACCCGAUGGCGAAUGGGAAGCCAAAGGUAUCGACUCUUCCAUGCCUUUCACAGCCAUUGACCUCUCCGAGGGCGAGUGGUAUGAUUACGAUGAAAAGGCAGGAGACGAGGUCGCCGUCAAGGAAAUCAGCUGGGAAAUUGGAAGAGCUUGA